UACAUGGAGAAGAGCUAUCUGUUUAUUUCCAACAUAGGAGCUUGUAGGCAGACCCACAAACACCAACAUGACCGUGACUGUUCAGAGAAGUUCCCCUUUUUACCUUCACAGUCCACCAACACUCCCCAGUCCUGUUUUUCUUCAAUCUCAAAAUUUCAUAGAAAAUGAAGUUUUUCACAGAGACUGUUAUUACUACUCUCAGGAGCAGAAAGGGAUCUCGCAGACAGGUUUUAAAAUCUGUCCUCUUCUAUCUCUGGGAUGUGUACUCUGCACCUACACCUGCUGGCCGAGACGUCCUGACUCUGCUGUCCCUCUGUUUCACGCUCGCCAUUGUCACCGGUGGCCUUCUUCAUCACUGGCUGUCUAGGACCUUGAGAUACGACCAUGACCCGUCUGUUCAGACCGCAUGCAUCUACAGUGUGACUAUGUUUCUGGUCUCAUUCCUGUGUCACCCUCUGCGCUGUGUGCUGACCAUGAUUCUGCCCACUGUCUGUACUAAACAGGGACGCAAACUCCUCAUCUCAGCAUGUGUCAUGAUUUUAGUGGUCAACGUCAUCCCUAAUAUUACAGUGAAUGUAGGGGCGGUAGCACGCAUCCUGAAGUGCACUGCUGAGGGUUUUACAAAGACUUUAUUAAAAUCGUCUGAACCCUUGAACAAAGCGAAGCAGGACCUUGUUGAAGAAACCAUCAAAGUGAGGAGGGAAGACUUGAGCAUUGUCACUAAUUUAAGGAAGUUAGAUCAUUUUAUACAUGUUGAUGUGUCAGAAGUUAAAAGCAGGUUUAAUAAAAUUAUUCGGCUGAUAGAGGUCAACUUCUCACAUGCCGGGAACCUGCUAAAAGAGUGCAAACUGCUGUCAAAUCGGGUUCUUGCUGCCUUUUUUGUUGCCUUGCUAAUCUUUGAAUCUGCACGCUACUUGAAAUCUUACCUCACAUCAGUUCAGUUUGAUAAUGGCUACAUCUACAAAAAGCUCCUGAAAAAAGAAACUCACGCUGGUGACAAAAGACCAGCAAAAAAUAAAAUAAAUCUCACAAGCUGUAAAAUAACAAGUCAGGAAAGUACCUCUUGCUUCAUAUCACUGGUUGUGGUAACAUUAUAUUUCAUUGGGAUAACUUCAAUAGUAGCUUUGGAUCAUGUUGUGUAUCAUAUAGUUCAGGUGACUGUGCCCUGGUUACUGGAUUUUCCUCCUACAUCUGCCAGCAUAAGUGUCAAUUAUAAGGUUCAGUUGUUCCUCCACGCACUCUGUAACAUACGACAGUCCUGCGUCACGCUGGAGCUGACAAACUUCCACAGGGAUUACAACUGGACCUUUAGCCCCGAGCCAUCGCUCUGUGAUGUGAAAACUUCCGCUCCGAACCUGGGAGUCACACUCCUGCUGGGAUGCCUCUGGCUGAUGAGCUACUCUAUGGUGUUCCUCGAGGUUUACGCCAGGCGCCUGCGCAGGAAAAUCUCUGCAUCCUUUUUCAGAGAGCAGGAGGAGAGGAGAAUGGCUUACUUGAUGAAGAAAAUACAAGUGAAGCAGGAUAAAAAAGAGCAAAAAGAGACUAUUUCCUUUGAGGUUUCCUGUGUGUGAAGUUGUCACUGCACAUUGCAGUUCUUGCCUGCAUUUUUCUGAUGAUAUUUUUGAGCUGCCAGCAGCAUGGCAUUGUCAGUCAGUCCAGACUGAAAUAUCUCCCAACAACUAUUGGAUGAUUUGUCAUGAUAUUUUCUACAGACAUACUUUGGUCGCCAGAGGAUGUGGCGUACAGACUUUGUUGAUCCCUUGACUUUUACUCUAGUGCCACCAUGAGGUUAACAUUUAGGUUUUUAGUGAAAUGUCUCCACAACUAUUAAAUGGAUUGCCAUGAUAUUUGGCACAGAUAUUCAAGCUGCCCAGGCAGUGAAUGCUCAUGACUUUGGCGAUCCCCUGACUUUUCAUGUAGCACCACCAGCAGGUCAAAGUUUUUAGUUGUCCAGUGAAAUCUACCUGAUGAAUUGGCACAAAAUUAGUACAGAGAUUCAUGGUUCCUACACCAUCUGUCUAAUGAUAUUGGUGAUCCCGCCACUUUUCCUUUAGUGCCAAGAUUAACGUCUACCAUUUUGAGUGAAAUGUCUCAACAAAUAAUGGAUGGAUUGUCAUUAGAUUUGGUACAAACAUUCAUGUCCACCACAGGAACUUUCAAUCCAAUGAUCAGGCCCAGAUAUAAUUAUUCAGUUUUUCUUUUAAGUCUGCAUCGCACCAUUCAGCACCCUCAUGCUGAUUUUUCUGUUUCAUAGGCUUGUGAGAGAGCUUCCUGUGUAUGAGCGACCCUCAUAACAGCUUUCCCUCUAAGCGUAUAACCACUCGACAGCCUCCUCUUAGGCACUCACACUAAAACCCGAUGUGGUUUUUCAUAGAUGUAUAACAACAUCUGCUGAGUUUGCUUCCACCUUGUUUUUUUAACACAUGCCUGGUAACAGUUUUUUUUU